AUGCAUAGAAUUUUGAGACAAGUCGCGACAAGACGAGUUGCCAAUUACAGCCUUUUACGCCGAUCCAUCACGAGUAUAAAACCAUUGGCUCGACCCACCCAGCCGCUUCUCUUACAAUUACAAGCAAGACGCUUUCCCUUAUUUCAAAGAAACAUGACCACCUAUAAGGAAACACCCUUUUUAAAAUGGAAACUGUUUCCUGACUUCCAACACUUGGUUGAUCAAACCUCACCUGCCAUUGCCGUACCAGCUUUUGAAAAAAUUAUUGAAGCUGCGAAAGAACAAUUUGUUCAAAUCGAAAAGACUUUUGAGCCUACUUGGGAUGGCACUAUUGGUCAAUUGACCGAACUGGAAGACGAAGUAUCUAGAGCCUUUGGUAUUCUCUCUCAUUUAAAUGGUGUCAAGAAUUCCGAUGACGUUCGCUCUACACUUGAAAAGAUUCAGCCUGAGUUUGUUAAAUUAGGCUUACAAAUGAAUCAAUCCGAGCCUAAGUUUAAAGCCCUCGAAAGUUUACGUAAUACACCUUCUGCCUGGUCAAAAUUAGAUGCUGUGCAACAACGUAUCAUUGACCACACUUUACGCGAUAUGAAGCAUGCGGGUAUUGGAUUUGCUGCUGGAUCUGCUGAAAAGAAGCGAUUCAAUGAGAUUUCUGAACGUUUAUCUCAAUUAUCUUUAUUGUUCGGUAACAACGUAUUGGAUGCCACCAAGGCAUUCAAGCAUGUCGUAACAGACGUAUCUGAGUUAUCGGGAUGCUCGCCUACCUUUUUGGAAACCCUCAAGAAAAAUGCGGAACGUCUUGGUGUAGAAGGUUAUUGUAUCACUUUAGAUUUCCCUAUUUACGGUCCCUUCAUGAUGAACUGUAACAACCGUGAAUUACGUGAAAAAAUUUACAAGGCAAACAUCACCAAGGCAUCCGAAGGUGCCAUCAACAAUGAACCGGUCAUUAACGAAAUUUUGACCUUGAAGGGUGAAAAAGCCAAAUUGUUAGGUUAUGAAACGCCUGCUGAUCUUUCUUUAUCGGUCAAAAUGGCCCAAUCCGUAUCUGCCGCUGAAUCCUUAUUAAAUGGUCUUUUCCAAUCCUCCGUCCCUCACGCCAAACAAGAAUUAAUUGACCUGACCAAAUUUGGCGAGGAAAAAUUGAACCAACCUACACCUUUGCAACCUUGGGAUCUUGGUUACGUUACAGAGCAAUACCGUAAAGAAUUAUUCAAAUAUGACGAAGAAACCAUUUCCGAAUACUUUGCUUUCCCCAAGGUCUUAAACGGUUUAUUCGAUGUCGCUAACGAAGUUCUUGGUAUUCAAGUCCGUGAGUUACAAGCAUCUGAAAUGUCUCAAAAGGGUAUCACGCGCUGGCAUGAGGAUGUCAAGGUCUUUGAGGUGGCCGAACAAGGUCAAGUCAAGGCCUACUUUUAUGGUGAUUUCUACUCUCGUCCUUCUGAGAAACGAAGCGGUGCUUGGAUGGAUGUAGUUACUACACGUUUUAAACACGCUACAGACGAGACCACCUUACCCGUUGCUUACUUGAUCUGUAAUCAAGCUGCUCCUCAAUCCGAUAGCCAACCUUCUUUGAUGAAGUUCCGUGAUGUCGAAACUCUCUUCCAUGAGUUCGGACAUUGCUUGCAACAUAUGAUGACUACCGUCGACUAUGCACCCGCCUCAGGUAUCAAUGGCAUUGAGUGGGAUUUUGUUGAAGUUGCUUCACAAUUCAUGGAGAACUUCUGUAGUGAACCUGAAUGGAUCGAUCGUCUCUCUGGUCAUUACAAGACGGGCGAAAGCAUGCCUCAAGAUAUGGUCAGUGCACUUGUAAAAGGAAGAGAAUUUAUGAGUGGUUUAGCCACGUUGCGUCAAAUUCAUUUCUCCAAGGUGGAUUUGGCCUUACAUUCACGUUUCAAGCCUCCCACCGGUCCCAAUGAACCCACCGUUUUUGAUGAGGAUGCCAAAAUUGCAAAGGAAACUGUGUUAACACCCCGCUUAGCUGAAGAUCGUUUCUUGUGUAGUUUCAGUCAUAUCUUUGGUGGUGGGUACAGUGCAGGUUACUAUAGUUAUAAAUGGUCUGAGACCUACUCGGCCGAUGCUUAUGCAGCUUUUGAAGAAGCGAAGGCUAAACAAGGUAUCCAAGGUGUUAAAUCAAUGGGUAAGCAUUACCGAGAUACUAUCUUAGCUUUGGGUGGUGGUACUGCUCCUAGAGAUGUGUGGAAGCAAUUCAGAGGAAGAGAUAAUGUAGAUAUCAGUGCUUUACUUCGUCAUUCGGGUUUGGCUAAAUAA